AUAACAACAACAAAUAAAUAAAUGGUUCUUGUUCCAAAAUUCCGGAAUGCGAUUGCUCCAAACUUGAUCAUCAUCAUCAUCAUCAUCAUCAUCAUCAUCAUCAAAAUCAUCAUCGUUCUUCACCGUAAUGAUCUAUAUUCAUUUUUCAAAAAAAAAACCAACUACAUCGCUUCCGGCCAUAUCAUGUGUCUAUGAUUAUGAUUCACAUCAUCAUUAUCAUCGCCAUUUCUAUUAUUUGCAUUGGAAUUGAAACACUGGAAAUAAAAAUCCUAAAUCCAAAAGCAAAUUAUUAGCAAAAUUUAUUGUGAUUUCAUCUCAUCAUCAUCAUUAUAAUUAUUCAUUGUAUCAUCAUUGUCAUCAACAUCAUCGUUUUUUUUCAUUCAUUUUUUUUCUAGUGCAUGGCAUAUAGUCAUACUCGUCGACAUCUUAAGGCACUUUCGGAGGCCUCAAAUUCCGCUGGCAAUAAUGGUGAUGGUUCAUCACAAAAUGAUUCCACUAAUCAUUGUGAAAAUUGGAAUCCUAAUCAAAUCGUUUACAAUAAGAUGGAACAAAUCAUUGACAAAAUGCAAGAUGAACAAACUGGAGUGCCAGUUCGAACAGUUAAAAGUUUCAUGUCCAAAAUACCCAGUGUUUUCAAUGGAUCUGAUUUGAUUGCCUGGAUGAUGCGUGAACUUGAUCUUGAUGAUCAACAAGAAGCAUUGCAUCUAGCCAAUCUAAUGGCUUCACAUGGCUAUUUUUUUCCAAUUGAUGAUCACGUUUUAUGUGUCAAAGCUGAUAAUACAUUCUAUCGUUUUCAAACACCAUAUUUUUGGCCUUCAAAUUGUUGGGAACCUGAAAAUACCGAUUAUGCGGUAUAUCUUUGUAAAAGAACAAUGCAGAACAAAACUCGCCUAGAGCUGGCUGAUUAUGAAGCAGAAAAUUUGGCUAGAUUACAAAAAAUGUUUAGCCGAAAAUGGGAAUUCAUUUUUAUGCAAGCUGAAGCUCAAGCCAAAGUCGAUAAGAAACGUGAUAAAUUGGAAAGAAAAGUUCUCGAUUCUCAGGAGCGAGCAUUUUGGGACGUUCACAGGCCGGUUCCUGGAAGUGUCAAUACUACUGAAAUCGAUAUAAAGAAAGCCUGUCGUAUGCACAAACCUUUGAAAAGUUCAAAAGUGAAAAUAUCAACGCAUUUGGCAUGUUCUGUUGGUGGUGGUCGUAUCAGUCCAGUAAACGAAGCAGAAAAGAUUGAAAUCCUCAAACGUGAAUGUGAUUCUUUACGUAUACGAUUGGAUCAUAGGAUUGGCGGUGUAAAGAUUAGCAAAAUAACCGAAUCUUAUUCGGCAUUUUAUGAACAAUGGGCCGAAUAUGAUCCAUUCGUAACGCCUUUGGAGCCCAGUAAAGGGACUCCACUCAACCCAUGGAUUAGUGAUUCACCCGAAUUUUGGGAAAUGGAAAGACAAACGAAAGAUGUUCCUUGUCGUCGUGUUAGACGUUGGGCAUUUUCACUCAAGGAAUUACUAAAAGAUGCAGCCGGAAGAGAACAAUUUUUUAAAUUUUUAGAAAAAGAAUUUUCUGCCGAAAAUCUUAAAUUCUGGGAUGCAGUCCAAGAAUUAAAGUGUGUCCAUACAAAAGAUGUUGCUAGCAAAGUACAAGAAAUUUGGAACGAAUACUUGGGUUCUGAUGCCAAUUGUCCAAUAAACAUUGAUUCCAAAUCAUAUGAAAUUACCAAGAAAAACAUGGAAAACAAUCCUAAUAAUCGAUGGAUAUUUGAUGAAGCAGCCGGACAUGUUUAUCAAUUAAUGAAAAAUGAUUCAUAUCCUCGUUAUUUACGUUCAGACAUGUAUAAAGAAUAUCUGAACGGUACCAAGAAAAAAACUUCAGUAAAAGGUUUUCGUGGUGUGAUAUUCACAGCAAAAAAAGUCAGUGAUCAGCUCACAGCAAAUUCCAAUAAUCCUUCAUCACUCACAUAAAAAAACUAUCAUAAUUAACAUCACCAUCAUCAUCAUCAUUAUCAUUAAUUGUUUUGCGGCCAAAAUGUUCAUCACUCAAAAUAGACAGACUAUCUGAAUUCCUAUUUAAAAAAAAAAAUAUGAAACAGAAACAAAAAAAAAAAAUAAUGUUUAUUUUUUUUUCGUUUCUUGGUUGGCUGUGAUGAUGAUUUAUUCUAAUUCAAUGAUCGACGAUGACAAAGCCUGCCGACAAAUCGUUUCAUUUAUUUUAAUAAAUAAUUAUCUUCAUUUUUCUUCAUUAUAA